GCCGGCUCGGUCCUCCACCUUCCCGGCAUUCCCCGGCAGGACAUGGCGGCGGUGGAGGCGGCGGAGAUCCAGUUCGCUCAGCGCCUCGCCUCCAACGAGAAACGCUUCCGCGACCGCGCCGUCAAGAAGCUGCGGCGGUAUCUCAGCGCCCGCUCGCAGCGGCUCUCAGGUGGUUUCAGUCAAGACGAGUUACUCAAAAUAUGGAAGGGCAUCUUCUACUGCAUGUGGAUGCAAGACAAACCUCUCCUGCAGCAAGAACUGGCAGAGUCCAUUGCCCAGCUUGUACAUACGUUCAGGAAUCUGGAUGCCAAGUUCCUGUUCCUGGAGACGUUCUUCCAGACCAUGAAUCGCGAGUGGAAUGGGAUUGAUCGACUGCGCAUGGAUAAGUUCUACACUCUGGUCCGCCUGGUACUGAGGCAGUUUCUCGAGGAACUGAAGAGCAUGAGCUGGGAUGAAAGUGUCGUCAGCCGAUUCCUGCGGUGUGUGACGGGCGAGGUGAUGAGUUCCGCCGGGAACGCUGCGCCCAGUGGCAUCCGCUAUCAUUUCAUCGACAUCUACCUGCAAGAGCUGGCUAAAGUCGGCACAGAGCAGCUAACCGCAGAACAGAACCUGAAGUUUAUUGAACCUUUCUGCCGAAUUGCUGCCAAAACCAAAGAUCGUAUUCUGUUCCACAUGAUCUACCAGGGAAUCUUCGAGAUAAUGGUGGACCAGGCACCCUUCGCUAUCGAGGAUUUAAUGAACGAGCUGCAGGCCAGCGAGGAUGAAGGCGAGUCGGCUGAGGAACUGAGGUCAAGUCCAGAGAUCGUCAAGCCGACAACACCAUCGGCAAAGAUCAACGGGUCGACGGAGGAAUGUGUGGUGCUGCCGGAGCUGGAUGGAGCCGGAGAGGGGCCAAAACAUUCCCGCUACGUCAAUGAUGUCGGUCCCGUGCUCCAGUUUGACUACGGGGCUGUGGCCGACCGUCUGUUCCAGCUGUCCAGCAGAGCGGGCACUCCCACCCACAACAGGAAGCGCCUGUACAAGCUGGUGCGAAAGUUCCGGGACUUAGCUGAAGGAAUCUUUCCUGAAGAUGCCGUUCCUUGUGACAUGUCUUCAGACGAAGAAGAUGAAGAUGAUUUUAACUGGAGGAAGAAGAAGAGGAAGCAAAGACUGGAGAAGGCUGUGACGGGGAAGGAGGAAGGAAUCGGUAAGAAAAAGGCGGUGAAAGGGAAGAACAAGAAGAAGCGGUGCCCCAAAGGGAGGCGGCCGUCGGGGACGGGCGAGAGCGAGGGUCCAUCAGAGGGGGUCGUGAAGGAGGUGCCCGAUACCAAGGCAGGGUCACUCCGGGAACCCGUGAGGAAAAAGAAGAAGAGGUCGAUACUGGUCGCCGGAGCUGUGACACUAGAGGGAGCGGUGGGCGGCAGUGAUGAGCCAAGUCGGGGACAGGAUCAUCUGGCCAAGAGAAAGCAAGUCCGCAAAUGCAAGCCCGACCCACGUCCUGUGGCCAGCCCCGGCGACGCUGUCUCCAAGAGGAAGAAGAAGAAGGCGUCGCUCUCCAACGGGACCAGCUGGCCCGAAGGUUCGACUCCCAAGGAGCCCGUGGUCUGCAAGAAGGUGAAGAGGGACGUGGUGAAGCUUCAGAGGCAAAGCAAGAAGCCGGCCGUUGGCAGCGAGGCGCCUGUCAGCCGGGCCGGAGUCAGGAGCAAGAGGAAGGCAGCCGAGCUGUGUGUGGGGAUCGACAAGAAGCUGAAGAUGAAGAGAAGUCCGGCUGUGGCCCAGGACGAGGCCCGACCAAAUGUUGUGAUCCCGGCGCUGAGCGCGGCAGAACCCUGCGCCUUUGCCAAGUUUGAAAGCGCUCCCGUGCCGAAGCCCAUCUUCAUCAGGAAAGUGGGGGGCGUGAAUUCUACUCCCAGGCCGCGGCGACGUAAGGAGAUUAAAAUCAGGUCGACUUCUACAAAGAAAGUGCGUUUUGGAUUGAGAAAGAACACAACAGCAGAAUUUAAGAGGACGGACAAGAGCAUCCUGGUCAGCCCAGCGGGAACAUCACGGGUUGCGUUUGACCCAAAGCAGCAGCCUCGUUACAGCGUGCUGAAGGCCAACUAUACACCCAACUGCUCCCCCCUGCUUCGGCGCAAGCCAGACUCGCUCACCACCAGCAAACGGCCCUCGGCCAUGGACUUCUUCUGAGCUCACCGCAGCUGCCUUAUAACAAGAGUCCCUCAGACAACUUCCCCCUGUCCAUCCCAGCAUCCUGUCUCCUUUGCUCAAUCAGUGGACCGCUCAGUGAGGUGGUCGAUGCUCUCUCUCUCCCCAUCUCUCUCACACUUUGUUUUGCUCUCUCCCCCUC